UGUUGUCGAUUGGCACCGGCGCGCGUCUGGCGCGCGCGCGUUUUCGCCUGGCGAAGUCGCGGCGCGUGGUAGUUCCGAGCUGUUUGGCGCGUCCCGACGCGGCGAUCGGCGCCAGAAUCGUGGCGCGUCGCUUCGCGUUCGGCAGUUCGCGCAGUGAUUAACGGCGCGCUUGGGGUGUCGGGGCAAGAAAGAAGCGCGCGUGCGUCAAGGAAAACCAUGAAGACGUCGUCUUCGUCGUUCACGUCGUUGGUGUGCCGACGACGCGCGCACUGAGGUGACCCGAGCCGACCGCCGACAUGUGCCGCGGCGCGGAGUCCACCAACAGCAGCGGCGACGCGCUGUCCAACGAGACGGCCGCUGCCGAAGCGCUGGCCUCCGCCGCGGCCGGCUGCUGGACAGGCAUCAGCUUCGAGACGGCCUUCAGGAUUCUGCUGUACGCCAUCAUAUUCGUGUGCGCCGUUGUGGGAAACUCGCUGGUCAUCAUCACGCUCGUACAGCGUCGGCGCAUGAGGACCGUGACCAACGUGUUCUUGCUCAACCUGGCCGUCAGUGACUUGUUGCUGGGAGUAUUCUGCAUGCCCACCACUCUGGUGGGCAGCGUGCUCAGGAAUUUCGUGCUUGGAGCGGCCAUGUGCAAGCUCAUACCUUAUCUCCAAGCCGUGUCAGUGUCCGUGUCGGCCUGGACGCUGGUGUCCAUUUCACUGGAGCGGUUCUUCGCCAUCGUUCGGCCGCUCGAGUCACGUCGGUGGCAGACCCGGUCACACGCCUACAAGGUCAUCCUGAUGGUCUGGCUCUGCUCCAUGGUCACUAUGCUGCCCAUCGCCGUCCUCUCGCAGUUGGUGCCCCUGCGUGGAGAGCGCAAGAAAUGCCGGGAAGUGUGGCCCAACGUGACCUCGGAGCGCGUCUUCAACGUGUACCUGGACGUGACGCUCUUCCUGCUGCCGCUGGUCAUCAUGUCUUUUGUGUACAGCUGCAUCGGCGCCACCCUCUGCCACGGCAUGAAGCUCGACAACAAAAGUACGCUGUGCUGCUGCUCGCUAGUCCACCGGGCCUUGGCGCGCCGAUGCAGGGGUUGCGCCGCCCCGGCUCCCGAAACCGAACAGCACCCCUCAAAAGAUGAGGAACUCAUGUCGACGGCCGUGGUACACGAGGAGUACCACACUAACCCCAACAUGCCGCAGCUCAUGGCACCCCCCGACGUGGAAGCCAGGCUUCAAAAAAUGCCAAGGAAACAGUUUAUCUUCAGGGGAAACUACCGCAAGAGCCGGGCCUCGAAGCGGCGCGUGAUCCGGAUGCUGUCGGUGCUGGUGCUGGAGUUCUUCGUGUGCUGGACGCCGCUGUACGUGCUGCACACGUGGACCGUGUUCGACGCGCACGCCGCCUACAGCCGCGUGCCAGCGGGCGCCUUCGCCGCCGUCCACCUGCUCGCCUACGUGUCUUCCUGCUGCAACCCCAUCACGUACUGCUUCAUGCACGACAAGUACCGGCAGGCGUUCCGCAACGUCCUCGCCUGCUCGAGCGCCUCGGGCCGCCGACGCCGGCGCUGGUCGUCGACCAAGAGCCACGACCGCUUCGUGUCGCUCAACAGCAUCUGCAGCAACGGCAAGAAUGCUAGUGGCAAAGGAUCUUUACGAAGCACGUUCACAAGCCGGCUGUCCAGUCUCAAGGAAGAGAGAGCAACCAACGAUUUCAAUGAAGCCGCUGACCAAAAUCACGCCGUGUGCAAGGGCCCGGUGACAUCCCUCGCUGACGGCGAGUCCUCCUCUUCCUGCAACAUGUCCACGUACUGCGGCAGGCGCCUGGAUGUCGCGAACGCCAGCGACACCGAGUCCUGAGUGUCCCGUGCCGGGCGGCCUCGCUUCCGCCCGGAAAUAACUUGCGCUACGGCAGGCGCAUCAACGGCCGCGCUUCAAGGCAUUCGCCGCAACCGGAAGAGUCCUCCGGUGACAGAUGAGCUGUGUCGUGAGCGCAAGACUGUGGUGCGGAGAUGGACACACUGCGCUGGCAUCCCGGCACCCGUGCUCGCUUUUCCUCCGGCUUCUGUCUCGUGGCCGUAAUUGUGUGAUAUUGGCGACGCUCGCAAGGACAUGGCGCGCGCGCCUUUCUCUUUUCUCCUGGUCAGUUCUGAACGUGCCAUGGUCACAACUGUGUCGUGUCGCCUAACCGAAUGCCAGCCAUUCGGCAACCAUUCGGGUGGCUCUUGCUCCUGUGCGUGUAAGGAUCAAGUAUUCGUGCGUCCCACCCGCCCUAUGGGCUCUCAUCUGUGUAAAUAAAACCCUUUAUUCAUUAGUCAUUA